GUGCUUAUCCAGUACAGAAUCGUCGACUGGAUAGAUUCCCAACCUUUGCGCAGACGACGUCGGCUCUGCAAACCCGAGUCCUCUCAUCGGCUCCGAGCCAACAUUUGCAACUGCUGACCGGGAUUCCCGCACCGACGGCCACCACGAGUUAUCAGAUGGCGCUGGAGCCAGCAGUGCUUCUGCAGAGGCACCAGCAACUUGAGAUUCGGCUCUCCAGCCUUUGCUCGGCAACGGCUCGUUGUCGAUCUGAGGUGAAUCUGACGCUGCGCCUGCUCCGUGCAGUGACCGACGCCGAGGCCAGCCUCUCACAAGUGACCAUCUACCUUGGACGAGCUCAACGACACUUGGAUCUGUUGGACUCACGUACUGGCCCUAGCAGACAAGAGGCGGUACAAGCGACUCGGGCCGAUCUUGAUGAGCAGAUGACGCGUGCUCAUCUUCUUGUCAACACGCAUGUACCUUCGCUAGAACAGUUGGCCACAAAGUUCUCAAUCUUUUCUGGCUCUAUUUUCCACUUUUACCUUCCGUCUCUCCUCAUCACUCUUAUACUCACAGCUCCACGAGCCCGCCAACGCAUUCAACCAAUCGUUUCGCGGUUGCACGAUUCACUCGGUCACCUACGCCGGCUUUAUGACGAGCUACGAGUCCGCUCUGAACAGCAUAUCCGCCUUGCACGUCCGCCUAUUUCUUUCAGUGGGUUGCCAUCUGCCAAGAUCAGUCGUCGACACAUCAGCCCUCGGGCAUAUCCGUCCUACAAACAGGACGAGGAUGAGCAGCCAGACCUAGCCCCUUCAACCAUGGCACCACAACGGGCUACAAGCGAGAGGCCACUCUCCGCCAGACCACCGCGCAUCGUCAAGCCAUUGCAGAAUCAAGUUAUAAUUGAGGGCAAACGUAUUGUCAUGGAGACGGUGUUCGAUUCCGGCUUGCCAGGUGAGGAGAUCUUUGCAAAGAGGAAAAGAUUUCACUGUUUUAUCAAUUAUUUGCAAAGAAAAGUUAGUUUUCAACUUAUAUCUUGUUAUAUAUUAUGUUGA